UCACAUGGUAUCAGAGCAUCGAUCAAUCUAAAAGCUAUACAAAAUUCUUGAGUUUUUGUCGUUUGUUCAAAGUCAGAACAAAGUUCGUCAGUGACGAUGUCGGAUGAAGAUAAGAAAGCAGAAGAGGUCUCUGCGGUAGUGAAGAAGAUUGGUAGCGUGAGUGCUGAGUUAGCACCUUCUUCACCGUACAAGUUGUAUGGAUCCGAUAAUCCUGGAUCUGUGAUUACUUCGGUUAUGUUAACUGGAGAAAAUUAUAACCAGUGGGCCAAUGAGAUGCUUAACGCUCUUCAGGCCAAACGCAAGACUGGUUUUAUUAACGGAACCUUGAAGAAACCUUCGGUGGAGGAUCCAGAUUAUGAAAAUUGGAUAGCUGUGAAUUCAAUGAUCAUAGGAUGGAUACGUUCUUCAAUCGAUUCCAAAGUCAAGUCGUCGGUGUCGUUCAUAUCUGAGGCUAGUCACUUGUGGUCUGAGUUGAAGCAGCGUUUCUCAGUUGGGAACAAGGUUCGCAUUCAUCAGCUCAAGGCUCACUUGGCGUCCUGUAGACAAGAGGGUCAGAGUGUGCUCGAGUACUAUGGUCGGUUGUGUUCUCUCUGGGAAGAAUAUGCGAUAUACAGACCAUUGCCUAUGUGUACAUGUGGUGUUGCAGCAGAAAUAUCGAAGGAAAGGGAAGAUGAUAAAGUACAUCAGUUUCUGAUGGGACUGGAUGAUUCACGUUAUGGUGGGUUGUGUACAACUCUCAUCGGGUUGGAUCCACUGCCAUCUAUAGGUGAAGUGUACUCCAAGGUAAUUAGAGAAGAGCAGAGGCUGUCAGCUUCUCGUGUGCGUGAGCAACAACAGGAAGCAGUUGGUUUUGUUGCUCGACAAGGUGAAGGUACUUCUCGUAGUGAUGACCAAAUCAGUUUGAAGAAUGAUAGUAUACUUCGAGGAAGAGAUCGUGUAGGCGCUUGCACUCAUUGUGGGCGUACUGGCCAUGAUAAGAAGAACUGCUGGUCUUUGAAUGGUUUUCCAGAUUGGUGGAACGAGCGUGCGGAACGUGGUGGUUCAGUUCGUGGAAGAGGUAGAGGUGGACGAGGUGCUGGUAAUGGCAGUGGUCGUGGAAGAGGUAUUGCAUCUGCGGCUCAUGCUACAAGCUCCAACGCCUCAGCUUUUCCAGAGUUUACUCAAGAUCAAUGGAAGGUUCUGUCUCAGUUGAUCCAAGAGAAGUCCGGAGCUGAUAAACUUUCUGGACCGUUUCUCGAGGACUCUGAUUGGAACCGGUGAAGAGCGUGAUGGGGUUUACUUCUUGACGGAUGUAGCUACUGCGAAGAUUCACACUGUUUCGGCAUCUUCUGAUCAGAUUCUGUGGCAUCAACGUUUGGGACAUCCGAGUUUUUCAGUGCUUUCAGCUUUGCCCAUGUUUUCUUCUACUUCUGUUAACUCUAGCUCUUGUGAAGUGUGCUUUCGUGCUAAACAAACUAGAGA